CUACACACACCUACAACAUUCACACACACUAAGUCACGCUACACUUCACAUUUUUGAUUUGUUUCAUCUUAUUUCGGCUGCUAAAAUAAACCACAUUUGAUUUUCCUUUGUCAUUAUUAUUACCACGUCAUUUAUAUUUACAUUCAUUUAUUCAUCACGUUUUUUUUAAGUUUUUUUCAUUUUUGGUUUUUCAUUUCUUAAGGAUCUUAAGUUAAAAGACGAGGAGUGUGAAAGGCUUUCUAAAGUCAGGGACCAACUGGGCCAGGAACUGGAGGAGCUCACUGCUAGCCUGUUUGAGGAAGCUCACAAGAUGGUGCGUGAGGCCAACAUCAAACAGUCGACGGCUGAGAAGCAGCUGAAGGAAGCUCUGAACAAGAUUGAUGUGCUCCAGGCGGAGGUGUCUGCCCUGAAGACCUUGGUCCUGUCCACGUCCCCCACCUCCCCCUGUCACGACCUUCCUGGGGGCUCCAAGGCCCCCUUCAAGAAGGGCCACGGCCGCAACAAGAGUACCAGCAGCGCCAUGCUGGGCAGCGGGCAGGACCUGAGUGCCACACAGCCCAUCAUACGAGACUGCAGAGAGCUGGACAGUCUGCUGUUUAGUGAGUUUAAGUUGUGGAAGGAGGAGCCCAGUCUGGAGAGGAACAGCUCCUUCUUGGAGAGAGUCUACAGCGAGGACAUCUACCCCUGUCUCACCUUCUCCAAGAGUGAGCUGGGGUCGGCCAUCUUGGAGGCAGUGGAGAGGAACACGCUCAGUGUGGAGCCGGUGGGCUUCCAGACGCUGCCUGUCGUCAAGGCCUCUGCUGUGGAGUGUGGAGGACCAAAGUGAGUACACUACAACUACCCCAGUUAACACGCUGACGACUACCCCAGCUAACACGCUGACGACUACCCCAGCUAACACGCUGACGACUACCCCAGCUAACACGCUGACGACUACCCCAGCUAACACGCUGACGACUACCCCAGCUAACACGCUGACGACUACCCCAGUUAACACGCUGACGACUACCCCAGUUAACACGCUGACGACUACCCCAGCUAACACGCUGACGACUACCCCAGCUAACACGCUGACGACUACCCCAGCUAACACGCUGACGACUACCCCAGCUCACACGCUGACGACUACCCCAGCUCACACGCUGACGACUACCCCAGCUCACACGCUGACGACUACCCCAGCUCACACGCUGACGACCACCCCAGCUCACACGCUAGCCCAGCUCACACGCUGACGACUAGCCCAGCUCACACGCUGACGACUAGCCCAGCUCACACGCUGACGACUAGCCCAGCUAACGACUACCCCAGCUAACACGCAAACGACUACCCCAGCAAACGACUACCCCAGCUAACACGCAAACGACUACCCCAGCAAACGACUACCCCAGCUAACACACUAACGACUACCCCAGCUAACACACUAACGACUACCCCAGCUAACCUCUAUGGGCUAGGUGGGACGCUUGCGUCCCACCUACUCAACAGCCAGUUGAAUCCUGUGGCGCGUUAUUCAAAUCCUUAGAUAUGCUAUUACUUCAAUUUUUCAAAAAUAUGACUAUUUUACACCAUUUUAAAGACAAGACUCUCGUUAAUCUAACCACACUGUCCGAUUUCAAAAAGGCUU